ACACGUAGGUCAAGCUUGUGCGCGCUUUUCGGAAUUUUGAGCACUCGUGGCCAAGAGUCGCUUAUGAAGCCACAGCCUCAUUCGUGCUUCGAUAUUCCAGCUUUGCACUUGUUUGGCUCCUUACAUCCACACUCUCAUUCGUUCAUCGUAUAUGAGGCAUUCUGAGUGUGUACUAUCACGCCAACAUGUGUCCUCAAGUGAUUCGUGCUGGUCAUGAUGUUUUAUCGUUACAUCAAUGAUGUACAUGAGGUGUUCAACGUGUCCACUAAGCUCUCGGCCUAUGGAUACAUCUACUAUGCCAGUCUGUACGCAGGUGAAUCAUAUGCCAUCUGGUGCUUCCUCGCCUUGUUGGCUCUCAUCGGACUUGGAAGCACUGUGGUGUUGACAACUUCUCAUUUGUGUGCCAUCCUCUUUGCCUACCGGCAUUUGUACAAAUCUGUAUGUCGUUGGACCGAUCAUUCGUUUGCAGCGGAGUUGCAACAUCCAAAGCGCUUGUGCCACAAUCGUUCCUGUGUCCAUCCGCUGCGUUCCAUUUUGCACUACCUUAAAAACACCUAUCGGCGUUGCAGUCAUCGGUUGUGUUGCUUGCGAACGUUGUCAAACUCCGGGUCCGGUCUUUUGUCUCCUCCAGUGGACACUGAUGGCUCAUCAGUUAUUGUGAGGAUUCCCAAACUGCUGGAAGAUGGUGCGCCUCCUGCGAUUGAUAAGUCGACGUCUUAUCCUGGAGUGUCUAUCAUCAAACCUCUGUCCGGCAUCGAUACCAAUCUUGAAGUUAACCUCACCUCAUAUUUUUGCUUAGACUAUCCGAAUUACGAAAUUUUAUUUUGCGUUGCUGAUUCCGCUGACCCAUGUUGCGAUAUGGUACAUCGGCUACAAACCUCUUAUCCACACAUCCCAUCUCGGUUGAUCAUUGCAUAUGAGACAGUGGGCGUCAACCCCAAAGUGAACAACCUUCAGGCGGGCUACGACGCUUCGCGGUUUGACCUUCUCCUAGUCUCUGAUUCCGGCAUUUGGAUGCGCCCCGACACAUUAACCGACUUAGUGGUCACUUUGAAUUCGGACGAACGGAUAGGCUUGGUGCACCAAGUUCCUUUUAUGACGCCACGUCUGAUCGACGGCAGAGGUACUGGCACAGAUGCCCCGCCCAAGCAUUUGUCCUCGUUCUACGGAAUAGGAAACUCCAAACGGCCAUCUUUUGCGUGGAUUGUCCAGUUGGUGUUUUUCGGUUGCUGGCACGCCAAAAUUUACCUCAGCGCUGCCUUAUUUGGUAUUAACUGUGUCACUGGUAUGUCCUUUCUUAUGCGCAAGCAUGUCCUCCUGCCCCUCGGCGGUUUCAAAACUUUCGGGCGCUACCUGGCUGAGGACUUUUUUAUAGCCAAAUAUUUUUUAAAUCAGGGUUGGCAAGUCCGCCUGUCUCACCAGCCAGCGUGGCAGAAUUCCCCAUCUGCCUCUUUAUCCCAAUUCCGAUCUCGGAUUAACCGAUGGUCUCAACUGCGUUUGAGUAUGGUUUUCUUGGCCUAUAUGCUGGAGCCGCUGUCUCGUUGCAUCCCCAACGCUUUGCUGGGUGCUUUUGCGUUUUCCUACAUUUUUCCACACAUUGUAGAUCCGGGUGUAUAUUUUCUCUGCCACGUACUCAUCUGGUUUCUUUUGGAUUACAUUCUGUUACUUCUCAUUUACCCAACCUGUGUCCCCUUGUGCAUAACAAAAUUUGAGUAUCUAGUAGCGUGGUCCUUCUCCGAGCUGACAGCCAUACCGUUCCAUUUUUUUGUUCUCUUCCGGAAAGAACUGCAUUGGCGCAAUAAGCGCUUCCGUGUUCGCUGGGGUGGACUUUCUGAACAGAUCUUUCCUGUACCGAACACCGCCAGAAUCGAUUUGAACUGCUCUUCUUACGACAAGGAGGUCACAAUCACUGAGUCUUCAGGCGCAUAUUCCCUGAAUUGUGGCAAUGUCAGCUCAAUCAGUUGUGUGCCAGCUAGUGAUCCCCACCGUUGCUCUUUUCCACCCUACCCCCAUGACGACAAACGCAUUCGCGAAUAACUGGCAGUUUAUUCAACAAGACAGAAUAGACUUGCUCUGUGGGGAUGCUGGACUCCUUUGGAUACAAAUCUGCAGAACGCUUGCACAUAUCUAGCUACUUUGAUGGUUAUUUUCUUGAUCCAUUCUAUGUUUUUACGAUUUUUCGAUUGUAGAUUUCCAUGCGUUUAUUCUAAUUCCAUUCAGGCUUUCAGUUGUCGAUUACGUUGAAGUGCCCUUCCUGAUCUUUCCAUUUCAAUACUCGCUAAGGUGCGUUUUGGGUUCCAAUUUAGCCAGAGAGUUGCAUACUCGUUGCUGAACUUUUCUAUUCACCAAUCUUUUCCCUUCUCCCGCCCACUAGCAGCUGUAUGAAUGACUAUUUUUACUUUUGUUGUCUUCCGCCGACAUUAUCUAGUCCCCAUUCUUGUUGGCGAGUACUCAGCUCAUCCACACCGCAACAGAAGAGCUUAUCAUCAGCCUGAUUGUACAUUAAACACUGUGUGACGAUUCCCCAGUUUGUCCGUCCAAGGAACCGCGAGUAUGGCCCAUGAUUUGCCAACACCUCGAGAUGUUACGUGUAAAUUAUUCUUCUCCUUCUUCACGUGUUAACAAUACAUCCAGCUUUCUCGAGCUUUUCUAACUGUUUUUAAUCUCUCGUUCCCAAGCUGUCGCUCCAUCUGUCCCUGUGAUUUGAGUAUUUCAUUGGUUCCGGGCGUGCCAUUGGCUUUAGUCUUUCACUAUCAUUCUUAUUCCUUUGGCUUGCACAGGGUUUUGGGAUGCUGCCAACAUACAUAGUCAGGAUUCCCUAUUGAUUGUUCAUCUAUAUCGCUUAUAUCUACGAGGUUCUCUCUGCUAGUGUAUUUUCUCAUUUAUUCAAUCAUCGAAUGCGUGGAUAUACUGCGCGUUAUUUUUUGCUUCGAUGGUUGAGGGAAUAAUCACUUCCUUCACUCUCACGCGAUAUUUCUCGAAGCAUCGAUAGUUUGCGUCAGUCAUCCGUAGGUCGGUUUACUUGAUAACUUCAUUCCGUCGUCCUUGAGCGAUUGCGGUCAUUGACGACCUUCUCCGACUCUUCGUUUUGUAGGUCCACAUUGCACGUGCCUCGCUUUACUUACCCUACGGAAAUAGCACUUUUGUCCUUCG